CGCGCGCGCACCGUCUCGAGCGUCGCGCUCCUUCGCAGUCCGUCAGUCUAUCGGCAACCUGCGUACCAGUCGUGUCGCAGUGCUUACGUAACAAUAUUAUUAUUAUUCUUACUUGCCUGGCCGGUGUGUUGUUCAUUUAAAAUCGCGGUCCAACAGUUUACGUUCGUCUCGAUCGAUUAUUCGCCUUUCGCUCGGUCUCUCAGUUUUUAAUCGGUAUAUAAUUCUAUACGAAACAAAAUCGAUCUACAUUAAUAUAUAUAUAUAUAUAUACACGUAUUAUCUCGUCUUUCUAUAAACAUCAAGUAAACGCAAUUACACACGGCAAACGCACGCGCCGCGAUCGCGAAAAACGCGCUUAACGUCUCCCGCGAAUCGCUGUUACCCGCCUGUCUGCGCACGUCGUGCGGAUACAUUCGAACCGUCGGUCAACGUCGUCCACGUCGCCGUCAUCAUCGUCCCCGUCGUUGUUCUCUGCGUUAUCGAUUGAUACAACGAUUAAUCAAAAUCGCCGAACGUGAUACGUCAAGAGAGAAGAUCGCUCCAAGUCUGCUGUAUGGGCUACCUGUCGGUUGAUAAACAAGUGCCGUCGACAAGCUACCGUCGAAGAACACGUUCUGUGGGUUCGGCCCUUCUCCACGGGCACGGUGUAUCGAUUGCUCUAAAAUAGACGCGUGGGAACACCUGCAGGCUACAUACACAUUCUACCUAGAGUUCGGACUGUCUCAUUCCCUCUGUCCCCCUCUCUCUCUCUUACUUUCUCUCUGCAUUGGUCUUUCCUGACGCCCUUGCAGCGCGUGACAGGUGCAGGGAGAACGGUAGCAGCACCGCGCUGUCAUAAGGCUGGAGGAGGUGGUGGUGGCGGUGGAGGCGGAGGUGCAAGCGUCAAGGAAGAAACGUAACAGGAAGCGGAAGAAGUAUAACGACGAAAAGGAGUAGACAGAGAGAGAGAGAGAGGGUAACGGAAGAAAGUUGAAGGAAGUGGAAGAAGAGGUAAAGGUGGAGAAGGAGGAAGGAGGCGAAACGCCUGGGUUUCUCGCGAUAAAAAGGUUAUAUCCAGUGAUACGUCCUGGAGGCGCCUGUCGUCUUCGCCGGUACAACCAUAACGCCGCCCGCUUUAAAACGCCCGAGACGGGAUACGGUGGAUUCAUCGCCGCCACCCGCUCGAACCGCAGCCCCCGGAAACCCCGGACCAUCCAGCAAACUCGCUUGCAUCAUGGACGCACCGCUCUCCCAGAGUAUGGACUCCGUCAACACGGUGGCCACCGGUGAAGACGAGGUACGCACCUUGUUCGUGAGCGGCUUGCCGAUGGACGCCAAGCCGAGGGAGCUGUAUCUCCUGUUCAGAGCAUACGAGGGCUACGAGGGGUCUCUGCUGAAAGUCACAAGCAAAAAUGGGAAAACAGCGUCGCCGGUGGGGUUCGUGACUUUUCACACAAGAGCAGGUGCAGAGGCGGCGAAACAGGACCUACAGGGGGUUAGAUUCGAUCCUGAUAUGCCACAAACCAUACGUUUGGAAUUUGCAAAAAGUAACACAAAGGUUAGCAAACCCAAGCAACCAGCCGCUGCAGCAGCCACCUCGCACCCUGCUCUGAUGCACCCUCUAACUGGACACUUAGGGAGCCCAUUCUUCCCUGGUGGUCCUGAAUUGUGGCACCAUCCAUUGGCGUACUCGACCGCUGGCGAAUUACCCGGCACCCUGCAACACGCGACGCUGGUGCAUCCGGCGUUACAUCCUCAGGUCCCCGCACCCAUGUCUCUGCCGCAUCCAACGACGCUGACGUCGAUACACGCGUCGCUGCCCCAUUUCCUACCCUCCCCGGCAUUGGCAUCGCCGGUGGGUUCACCCUCGUCUCAGCCGAACAUAGCAGUGAGCAACGCACCCUGUUCCACCCUGUUCGUGGCGAACCUUGGUCAGUUCGUGUCUGAACACGAGCUCAAGGACAUCUUCAGCAGUUUUCCUGGUUUCUCCCGGCUUCGUAUGCACACGAAGGGAGGGUCGCCAGUGGCCUUUGUCGAAUACCAAGACGUUCGCUACGCGGCCCAGGCGAUGGCCACUCUCCAAGGAUCCUUUCUCCUCUCCUCCGACCGGGGAGCAAUACGAAUCGAAUAUGCAAAGUCAAAAAUGGCCGAGGUGGGCUUUACAAAUCUCUGGAUCGAAGGAUCAAAGAGAGAAGAAAACGGGCAACCUUAAGAUCGACAUCAACGGCAUGUAAAAGGAACGAGGGAAGAGCUGACGUGCUUACACACACACACGCGCGCGCACACCCCCCAUCCCUGUUCGACCGAGAAUUCCACCCUUUUACAACGACUAAGAAACCAUCCACGACUACGAAAUAUUUCGUUAUCAGAUGGCAAGAUUUAUGUCAUUUGGUGAGCAAAGAAAAAGAAAAAAAGAAAAAUUGAUGGCACGAUAGGAGAAGACCUCGAAGGGAUGGGGGUGGUGUGAGAUGGGUGAAAAGGAAGAAAAGAAGCACGCAGAGAAAGGAUAAUCUAACCACCCGUACACACAGAGAUAGAGAAAAAAAAAAAA